GAGUCCAAGUGGGCGGGGAGCCGCCCCGCGCCGCCCGCUCAUGUCUCUGCGGAGCCGAGUGUCCGGCCGCCUGGCACAGCUGCGCGUGGCGGGGCAGCUGCUCGUCGCCCCGCGCCCCGGGCCCGGCCCCUCGGCGGGUGACACGCGGACCCGCAGCAGUGCGUGCGGCCCCCACGCGCGGACCUCAGCGGGAGUUGGGGCUUGGGGGGCAGCGGCGGUGGGGCGGAGAGCCGGGGUGCGCACCUGGGCCCCCCUGGCCAUGGCGGCGAAGGUGGACCUGAGCACCUCCACCGACUGGAAGGAGGCAAAAUCUUUUCUGAAGGGCCUGAGCGACAAGCAGCGGGAAGAGCAUUACUUCUGCCGGGACUUUGUCAGGCUGAAGAAGAUCCCUACGUGGAAGGAGAUGGCGAAAGGGGUGGCCGUGAAGGUGGAGGAGUCCGCGUACAAGAAGGACAAGCAGCUCAAUGAGAAGAUCUCCCUGUUCCGUGGCGAUAUCACCAAGCUGGAGGUGGAUGCCAUCGUCAACGCCGCCAACAGCUCCCUGCUUGGAGGUGGCGGUGUGGACGGCUGCAUUCACCGGGCCGCCGGACCACUGCUCACCGACGAGUGCCGGACCCUGCAGAGCUGCGAGACCGGCAAGGCCAAGAUCACCUGCGGCUAUCGGCUGCCGGCCAAGUACGUCAUCCACACGGUGGGGCCCAUCGCCCACGGAGAGCCCAGCGCCAGCCAGGCUGCCGAGCUCCGCAGCUGCUACCUGAGCAGCCUCGACCUGUUGCNUCACCCCCGCCCCGCCCCAGGCUACCCCAAUGAGGCGGCGGCCGAGGUAGUGCUGGCUGCACUGCGUGAGUGGCUGGAGCAGCACAAGGACAAGGUGGAUCGGCUGAUCAUCUGCGUGUUCCUCGAGAAGGACGAGAACAUCUACCGGCACCGGCUCGCCCACUACUUCCCCGUGGACCUGCCUGUGCCUGUGCCACCUCGCUCCCAGCUCUGAAGUCACCAAGCCUGCAGCUGUGCCUGGGCCAGGCCACCCCUCUUCCCUUGGUGCCCUGCCCCUAAGGAGCCUCCUAAUAAAGAUCACUUGUUGCCACUUC